UAUGGCGACGGCGGGGCUGGCAAAGGAGGGGCAAUCCAUCGGCGCAUUGCAUGGGAUGGGAUAGGGCCAUGUCAGAGCACAAGCAGCAGCGCGUCAGUGCAUUUUGUAUGAGAAGACGAGACGAGGAGGAGGAGGGGCAAUGGUGAUGACGACGGAAGGGAUUCACACGCCCUCCCCCGGCCCGUUUUUUUUGUGCUGCGUGUGUGUUUUUAUUUACGGUAUUAUACAUGUGCAUUGAGGGGGAUGGACGGACGGGUUUUGGGAGCUCUCUGGGCGAAGGGCAACUAGACGCGGCACGUACAGCGGGUGAGCGGGAUUGUUGACGUUGGAUGUCGCCGUUUGCCUUGUUGAGAUUGCACACGGUCCAUCGUCGAGUAAUACAGAAUGGUAACACGUCCACGCAGCAAGGCCCAGACCCGUUUGAUUGCCAACAGGAGACUGGCAGAGAGAGGCAGAGAGUCCACCGAAAGAUACGGAGCCCAUGCCGGCUGGCUGGCUGGCUGGCUUGCUCCUUGACGCUGCUGCCAAUGCCACUGAGAAUUAUACAAGCAGCCGCCUUAGCUUCACUUCAUCCAGAUUGUUAUGUGCCUCACACCCUCUCACACCCUCCCCUCCCUCGGCCGAUCCGUUUGCUCUCUGGUCCUGGUUGCGAGCUAGGUAGCUUGCUCCCUCAUCUGUCUCAUUCACAUACCCCCCCGUCCGGCGCAAAGCUCCACUCCUCACCUCUUUCUCCCCCCCUCGCCUGGGCUGAGGCGCCGCUGGGACGAGACGACAAGACACGGGAGCAACGGAGUGGUCAAGGGUGACGGAGUGGCCAAGGGUGACGAGGUGACGGGGUGACGGGGUGACGGGAGAACAGCGGGCGAUUGGCCUUGGCUGAUAAUCCGGCCGUGGAAAUGAAAUAUGUACUUCUUCUCCCCUCCUCC